ACAGGGGAAAGGACGGGUUUUGUGUUUACCUCGGCGGAAUACCGGCUUCCCCGCGCCUUUGCUCUUCCACACCAGUCAAGGAUUCUGUCACCAAUGAAAUUGGCCACAAUGGAUACUUCCGUUCAGGAUGAACAACCUGGCCACUUAAAUUAUUACAGACGGAAGGCGUCUUUUAAUUUGGAAGAUAUGAAAUAUGCAAUCGAAAAUCAUCAAAGACUUUUAAUAAAGAAUCGAGUCUGGUUGUACUUAUUGUCUGAUCCAAUUUUCCAUCCUAUGACGGAACCUGUAUCAAUACAUGAAGCAAAAAAGGUUACUGCACAACAGUUAGACAAACUCCUCUUUUCAGGAUUGUUUGACAAUGUCGAUAACAUGGAAUAUGCUGAAAGGACAAAAUUUUUGAUGUUGGUCAAUGAAGCGACUGAAAUGAUGAAUUGCAACUUGUCCAUAAAAUUUGCCUUGGGGAUAUCUUUAUUUUCCAAUACACUUGUCAGUCUUGGUACAGAGAGACAUAUUAAGUUCUACAAAGAUGUUUGGAGAGGAAAGAUUUUGAGUUGCUUAUGCAUCACCGAAGUCGAACAUGGGAGUGAUACAAAAAGGUUGAAAACUACUGCCACUUAUGAUAAAAAUACAAAAGAGUUUGUCCUAAACACACCUGGUAUUGGUGCUGCUAAAUGCUGGAUUGGAAAUUUAGGCUUGCAAUGUACUCAUGCACUACUGUUUGCUCAGUUAAUAUCCAAUGGCGUUUGUCACGGCCUGCAUGGUUUUGUAGUUCCCGUUAGAGAUCCAGACACAAGGAAACCUUAUAAAAAUAUAACUGUAGGUGACAUUGGGGAAAAAGCUGGCCUCAAUGGAAUUGAUAAUGGAUAUAUAAUGUUCCAUAAUUAUAGAAUUCCUCGUGAGAAUCUGUUAAAUCGGAUAGGAGAUAUCAAUGAUGAUGGAGAUUAUGAAACUGCUUACACUGAUCCUCAACGACUUUUAGGUGCAGCAUUAGAAAGUUUAUCAGCCGGAAGAAUAGGCAUAAUUCAUGAGUCGAGCAAUACCCUUGUGAAAGCCAUAGUCAUUGCGAUUAGAUAUGCUGCUCAAAGAGUUCAGUUCAGCGAUUCUAGUGGAAUCGAGUUACCCAUUAUUGAAUACCAAACACACCAAUGGAGGUUAUUUCCUUAUUUGGCAGCAAGCAUUGCGAUUAAAUGGUUCACUCAAGAAUUUAGCGAUGUUUAUAUUAAUUUUGUCGCUAAAUCCCGAGAGGGGGUUAUGGAUGUUAAACAAGCGUCACAAAUGGCUAGUGGUCUCCAUGCGAUUGUCUGUUGUUCCAAAGCUCUGAUCACUUGGACUAGUCAAACAGCGAUUCAGGAAUGUCGAGAAGCUUGUGGAGGACAUGGUUACCACAAAGCCUCUGGUUUGGGCGAUUUAAGAAACAACCAUGAUCCUAGAGUGACAUUUGAAGGAGACAACACUGUCCUUCUGCAGCAAACAAGCAAUUGGAUGUUGAGAAUAUUCACUGACUCAGAAGCAGACUUUUCCAUCUUCCCUUUGUCAAAUAUUUCCUUUUUGAAAAAUAUUGAUUCUGUCUUGCGUAAAACACUAGCAGAUUAUAAAGAACAAGAUUUCAUGACCAUAAAAUUUAUUAUAGAGACUUACGAAUGGUUGAUUUGUUGGUUGACCAAGACAACACACGAGAAAAUAUCAGCACUUAAAAAAUUCACAACAGACCGAUUUGAAGUCAGAAAUUUAUCUCAGGUUUUUAAAGCAAGGACGCUUUCUCUUGCCUUUGGAGAAUUUAAUGUAAUCAUCCAUUUCAAAACCAAAGUUGACUCUUGUGCACCUCAACUUCAGCCUGUUUUGAAUAAACUCGGCGUCCUUUACGGCCUUUGGGCACUCUACAGCCAUAUUCCAGUGUUAUAUCAAGGUGGAUUUUCAAAUGAUCCGAAGCUGACAGAUUGGAUCACCGAUGGUAUUCUCAAUCUUUGUCAGGAGUUAAAAUCUGAAGCUGUUACUUUGGCUGAUGCAAUUGCUCCUCCAGAUAUUGUCCUUAAUUCUGUCCUUGGAGGAUCAGAUGGAAAGAUAUAUGAAAAGUUGAUGUCAGCUUUUACCCAGGAGAGUUCAGCCAACUUUGUUAAUUACAAAAGUCAACCUAAUAAAAGCCAAAUUACUUCAAAACUUUAGAAUUAAUAUUGUUAAAAGAAAACUACAUGAUUAUAAAUAUGUACUUUAAGCCUAGUACUAAUUAACAACAGAAAAAUUGAAAAUACUUUUAAAAAAAGG